AUGGCUGUUGGUGGAACUCAACCGGUCCUCAGGAAGUACCUAGGUGCCCUCAAGGACACAACGACUGUGAGCUUGGCAAAAGUGAACAGUGAUUAUAAGGAAUUGGACAUUGCAAUUGUCAAGGCCACAAACCAUGUUGAGCGUCCAUCAAAGGAGAAGUACAUAAGAGAAAUUUUUCAUUCCAUUUCUGCUGCUAGGCCACGAGCAGAUGUAGCUUAUUGCAUUCAUGCCCUUGCUAGACGUCUUUCGAAGACGCGGAACUGGGCGGUUGCGCUAAAGACAUUGAUUGUCAUUCAUCGUGCCCUUCGGGAAGUUGAUCCCACUUUUCGUGAAGAGCUUAUUAAUUAUGGCAGAUCUAGGUCCCAUAUGUUGAACAUGGCCUACUUUAAGGAUGACUCUAGUGCAGAAGCUUGGGACUAUUCUGCAUGGGUGCGCAUUUAUGCUUUAUAUUUAGAGGAGAGGCUUGAAUGUUUCCGGGUGUUGAAGUAUGAUGUAGAAACAGAUCCUCCGAGGACCAAGGAUCUUGAUACUGUUGCUUUGCUUGAUCAUCUGCCACCAUUGCAGCAACUCCUUUUUCGGCUUCUUGCUUGCCAGCCACAAGGAGCGUCGUCUUACAAUGUUAUAAUCCAGCAUGCACUCUCAAUGGUUGCUUUAGAGAGUGUUAAGAUCUAUACUGCGAUUAGCGAUGGAACAAUCAAUCUGGCUGACAAGUUCUUUGAGAUGCAAAGAAAUGAUGCUGUUAGGGCACUUGAUGUAUACAGAAGAGCAACUAACCAGGCUGAACGACUUUCAGAAUUUUAUGAAGUGUGUAAAACUAUACACAUUGGGCGUGGUGAGAAAUUCCUGAAGAUUGAGCAGCCUCCAGCAUCAUUCUUGCAGACUAUGGAGGAGUAUGUAAGGGAUGCUCCGACAGGUCAAAAAGAAAAGGCUGUACUAGCGAUAGAAUACAAAAAAGAACCAGAGGAGGAAGAAAAACCAGCUUCACCUCCUCCGGCUCCAGAACCAGAACCGGAACAAGAGCCUGAGCCAGAACCGGAACCAGUGAAAGAGGAAGCACCGGAAGCUGAACCGGAUUUGCUGGGUCUGAACGAACCAAACCCUGCUGCGACCGCAAUAGAAGAGCAGAAUGCUUUGGCGCUAGCGAUUGUUCCGAUAGAUGAUGUUCCGAAAGCUGCUCCUACCUUUGAAAAUGGAGUCACAGGCUGGGAACUGGCCCUUGUGACGGCACCAAGUUCAAACGAGACCGCCGUUGUCCCAAGCAAGAAACUGGCCGGUGGUCUGGACUUGCUGACCCUUGACAGCCUGUACAACGAGGCGAACCGGAGAGCGAGCCAGCCGGCAAGCUACAACCCCUGGGAGGCGACCCCCGCCGCGGCUGCCCCGAUGCUGACGAUGGCGCCGGCCAUGCACGAUCCGUUCUACGCCUCGAACGGGUACGCGGCGCCGCACGGCGUGCAGAUGGCGGCGAUGGCGCAGCAGCAGCAGGCCUUCAUGCUGCAGCAGCAUCAGAUGAUGACGAUGGCCCCGGCGCCGGCGCCGGCGCCGGUGGUCCACCACCCGAUGCAGGUGCAGAUGCAGCAGAACCCCGCGAACCCGUUCGGCAACCCCUUCGCGGCCGCUGGCGCGCACCCCUACGGCGCCGCCGGCAUGCCGCUCCACGCUGGCCCCGGCAACGUCUACACGGGGCUGAUCUAG